AUGGCUGCAACCCUUGAACGCCAGCGUGACUAUGUGUUCACCCCACCCAGUGUGGAGGAACGUCUACGUCAAGCGGCCGGCCAAACAUUGGCAACGUGGGUCAUUGGCCAUGGGCCUAAGACUCCUGAGGAGGUGGUGAGCUGCCAGGCACUUCGUGAGAGGUACCUGGAGCCGCACCUAACGACUUAA